UUAUAUCCUACGCCAACUUGACAGUGACGUUUUAGGCGGAUUUUGUGUGCCAGAGACGAGCUGUCAAUAUACAUAUUUCCAUUAUAUCUAAAAAAUAUUAAAGAUGCUUAGUUCAUCAUUGUUUAGCGGCCUUCGGGCAGCUCGUACCUCAGUAAUGGUUACCAGGAACCUAGCAGCGGCACAAAAGGCCAAUGACCCUAUUCAGCAACUCUUUUUAGACAAAAUCAGAGAAUACAAAAAGAAGAGCGUUGGCGGCAAAUUGGUAGAACCAAGCCCAGCAAUAGAGAAAGAGUUGAAAACGGAACUGGAAAAGCUUGAACGUCAGUUUGGAGGUGGAAAAGGAGUAGAUAUGACUUCAUUCCCCUCAUUCAACUUCCAAGAACCAACUCUAGACCCUAUUGAUGAACAAGCUCCAAAGAAGUGAAUUGCUGUACCAUAAAAAAAAUAAAAAUUAGAUUUAAAAUAAUCAGUCAAGUCACAUACUAAAUGUGUUAUUAAAGCCUGAUUAAUC